AUGCCGAACUUCCAACAUUCCAGCCCUAUCGAUGCGCAGGAGCGGGGAGGUCCAACAGCACAGGAGAUCGUCGACUACGCGCGCUACAUCGGCAUGGACCCUAUUGGAGACGUGAACCUGCUGUGGAUCGCGGAGGAGGCGCUGUGUGCUGCUCUGCCAGAGGGAUGGUCGGAGCACACGGACGCCAACGGCAACGUGUUCUACUACAACAGCGUGUCGGGGGUGAGCUCGUGGGAGCAUCCUCUCGACGAGUACUACCGCUCCUUGUUC